UCUAGUAGAUGGCAGCAAAUCUGCAGGACGACUUGUGAAAACAUUUUGGAACAGUUGAGGUAGAAAUUCUUCUUUUCUGGUGGUUUUGUUUUGAGUCUUUGGAGGACCAAACAACACGACUGGUCAACAGCAAUUAAAACCACGAUAAUGUGUUGAAAAAGCCCAUAGGAAUGAUAGUUCAACGUUUGUCUCACAUUCGUAAAAUAGAAAUCCCAUCAGCUGACAGCGAAAGUAGGCAAUACACCGUUCCUUCCUUGAUGCCAGGGUAAAGGAUUGCAUUGGUCCAAAGAGCUUCGGAGCUACAGUCAUUAUCAUGGAACAGAAAAGGCUUUCAGAAUAAGUCAUUCGCCCACACACAUGAGUGCUGUGUUCCCCUUGCGCUGGGCCAAGCGCCAUGCCUGACCGGGACAGCACCUACCUGUCAGGUGGUGGUGGGAGCAGCAGCGGCGGGGUGGGUACUAGUGUGGGCGAGGAAGGUGGGUCUGGUUUAGGAGGGCGCACGGGAGAGGGCUGGGGGGGGUCCGCAGGAGGUGAAGACAGUGGCUGUGGUUCUGGGGGCAUGGGUGGAGGAGGGGCCCUGGGGAAUGGGAACAACUGUGGGGGAGGUGGAGCCAGGGGCCCGGAGUCAGGACCGGCCCCGGACGGGGUCUGCAGAGACUUCUUGAGGAACGUGUGUAAGAGGGGCAAACGCUGCCGCUUCAAACACCCCGACUUCAAUGAGGUGCCGGACCUCGGGGUGCAGAAGAACGAGUUUGUGUUCUGCCACGACCACCAGAACAAGGAGUGUGUCCGCUCUAGCUGCCGCUUUGUCCACGGCUCCAAGGAGGAUGAGGACUACUAUAAGAAGUCAGGGGAGCUACCCCUCAGGCUGAGGGGGAAAGUGGCUGCAGGACUGGGCCUGUCCCCCAUGGACCUCCCCCACAGCCGAGGGGAGGUCCCCAUCUGCAGGGACUUUCUGAAGGGUGAGUGCCAGCGGGGCAACAAGUGUAAGUUCCGCCACGUCAAGAAGGACAACGAGUAUGAGCCGGCAAGGGUGGGUGUGGGGGGCGUGUUGGGCCCAGGGGCCAGUGGGAUGGUGAACACAGGCGGCGGGGUCGGAGGGGUUGGGGUGGGUGCCUGUGGGGGCAUGGCUGGACUGGUGGGGGGUGGAGGUGGGGGCAACAUGAUGGGGAUGGGCUUCCCCAGCCUAGGGGGUUGCAGAGACCCGGGUAUCUCAGGGGUGGGAGGAGUAGGGGUAAGUGGGAUUGGGGGUUGCCUCUCAAUGGGGGCCUCAGGACCGCGUCGUUUUGACAGGGGCCCCUGCUCGGUGUACGAUCCCCUGUUUGAGAGCGGACUGUAUGAGACAUUGCCCCUGGAAGCCCCUGUGGACCACACAAUGCUGCAGCUGAAGAGACGCAGGCUGGAGGGGCUCCGGCUGGACGGAAACGGAGGGGGGCACUAUGAGCUGGGGGUGCAGGCGGCCCUCCCACCCCGGCCCCUAGUGUACAGGUUUCUGGAGGAGGAAAACACCCUGCUGAGGAGGAGAGUGGAUGACCUGAAGAAACAGGUGUCAAACCUCAUGGCCACCAACGAGGUGCUGCUGGAGCAGAAUGCCCAGUUCCGGAGCCAGACCAAGGUGUCGGUGAUGACCCUGUCCUCCACCCCAGCCCCCUCUGAACAGACCAUGGCGUCCCCCGUGGGCGCGGUCAGUUCCUACAGCAUCGCCCAGACCCAUACCACCCGGAGUAGCACCGGGCUGCAGCCUCGUACCGUCACCCUCACACAGCAGGACCUAGUGGCCCCCACCGGUGCCCCUACAGUGCCCCCAUCUAACGUCGCCCCACCCAGCGCUCCCCUGCCCCACCUCAACCCCGAGAUCACCCCGCUCUCAGCUGCCCUGGCUCAGACCAUCGUCCAGGGCAUGGUGCCUCCCGUCUCCAUGGCGCCCGUCACUGUUUCCGUGGCGCCGGUGGCUGUAUCCAUGGCACAGCCUCUGCCUGGCAUCACUAUAAGCCAUUCCACCACCCCCAUGGUGUCAUACCCUAUCGCCAGCCAGAGUAUGAGGAUCACCACCAUACCUCACUGAUGCAGCACACGCUCUAGGACCCAUGGAACUAAAGAUGGGGAUGGUAUGUAGAAUUCCAUCUCUCAAGUUUUAAUUACCCACUGCUGACUGACUUGAGGGGGGAAGUUGAGGUGGGUAACCCCUAAUGCCCACAUGCCAUGGACAGAGAAAAGGUUAACGAUGAUAGGAUGCCUUCACACAAACCCUGCUUUGUGGCAGCGCUACAGGUAGUCCUCUGAGGUGACCUCUGAACUUGUUAAAGGUUUGUGUGCCAAAGGGAUUUCUUCAAACACAGACACCAAAAAUAACGACAAACUGUGAAAAUAUGUCAGGGUAAUAUUCAUAGUUCUUUGACAAAUUUGACUGAUGUCUUGAGAUUGCAAGGUGUUUGUGACAUUUCAGUUAGCUUCCGUUAUUUAUGUUUAUGGAUUUCGCUUGUGUAACUCUGAUAUUUUGCACAUGUUUAAUGAGAAUAACAACCACAAGAAAAUGAA